GCCGACUCAUCACGCAUUUCCUUUCUUUCUUCUGCAUUUGGCAUUCGGAGUUAAAGGUCGCGUGUGGACCUUAGGUUUAAGUUUAUUAUUAAUUUUAGCCUAAACAUAAGUCAUGGCCAAUAACGACAACUUUGCACAAGACGUUACUGAUAAUCAGCUAAAUGGAAAUGCAGAAAAUGGUGGCGGAGACACCCAGGAACAUAAUAGUGCCGAAGCGCCCGGACGCGAUGACGACAGAAAACUUUUUGUUGGAGGCCUGAGCUGGGAGACCACAGACAAGGAAUUACGUGAACACUUCAGUGCAUAUGGAGAGAUCGAAAGUAUCAAUGUCAAGACUGAUCCAAACACUGGGCGAUCCAGGGGAUUUGCCUUCAUUGUGUUCAAGGCACCAGAUUCCAUUGAUAAAGUGAUGGCUGCUGGCGAGCACACUAUCAACAACAAGAAAGUGGAUCCUAAAAAGGCUAAGGCCAGACAUGGCAAGAUAUUUGUUGGAGGCCUCAGCAGUGAAAUAUCUGAUGAUGAAAUCAAAAACUUCUUCAGUAAUUUUGGAACUAUUAUCGAGGUUGAGAUGCCAUUUGACAAGACCAAGAACCAAAGGAAAGGAUUCUGUUUCAUCACAUUCGAGUCUGAGCAAGUGGUCAAUGAACUGCUCAAGACACCUAAGCAGACGAUCGCCGGCAAAGAGGUGGACGUGAAGCGCGCGACGCCGAAGCCCGACGGGCCCGGCGGCAUGGGCGCCCGCGGCGGCCGCGGCGGCCGGGGGCUGCGCGGCGGCCGCGGCCGCGGCGGCUACGGCGGCCAGGGCGCCUGGGGCAACGGCGGCUACGGCGGCUAUGGCUACGGACAGGGAGGCUACGGCGGCGGCUACGACGGAUACGGCUACGGCGGCUACGGAUACGACGGCUACGGGGGCUACGGCGGUUACGAUUACUCCGGAUACCCCAAUUACGACUACGGCGGGUACGGAGGGUACGAGGGCGGGUACGGCGCGCGCGCGGCUCCGCGCGGCAAAGGUGACGUUACAGCCGGGUACCAAGGUGGCAAGCAGCGCGGCGGCGGCGGCGGCGGCGGCCGCGCCAACCAGAGGCACCAGCCCUAUUAAACACUGUACCUGCCGAUAGUCAUCUCAGUCCAAUAGUGAGGUUAAGUCACCGGUCAUGAGUGUCCCCUGCGCUUCUCGCCUCGCCGCGCUGGGGGCACGUCAUUUCAUUCCACAUAAUUAAUUUAAGGAAGUAAUUGAUAACAUUUUAAGAAGAUUUUUUAAGGGUAAAUACUGUCAGUUGCGAUAUAGCCGUGUUAGUUCGGCUCUAGCGUAAAUUUAUUAUAAUAUAGUAUGAAUUAUAGAUUCACUGAGUAUUAUUGCAGAUUGAUUAGAUUCAAUUAUGACAUGUCUCGAAAUUCUACCUUACGUACUGAACUAGAAAUAAUGAGUAAUAAUUAUAAUACAGAGCUUAUAAAUUUGUAACAGUGUCCCUGUACGCCGGCGAGUCGUCUUGUGCCGUGUGGUGUGUCUGAGCUGUGUGUGUGUCGUGUGAACGUGUCGUAGCCCUCAUGUCACUGUCAGUUAUUGAUCUGGAUCUCAUCGCAGAUGUGUAGUUUUGUACUCUAAUUUGGUAAAGGAUCGAGCAAUCAGAAUCAUGUAUUUUAUACAAAUUAGAUGUUUCUUCCAUUGAUUAGGGAUGAAAUUAAAUUUUUAGACUAAGUAAUCGGUCAUGAACAAACUGGAGAUAUACCAAGUUGUGUAUGUCAGAAUAAAACAAAUGUGUAAAUAAAAUAUUGACUUUU